CAACUAAAAUGGAUAGGGGACUCAAAAACCUCUCUAUCUAACCCACAUAACAUAAACUAAAAACAUGGCAACACUCUCUACUUUCACUUGUUUAAAUUCAACAAUUCCCACUCUCAAUUCUCAAACAAUUCAAUCUCACUCUCAUUCACUUCCUCUAAAAAACCUUCAUUUCAAUUCCCAUGCACAGUUUCCCACUUCAAACAAGAGCCUAAAGGGUAACCAGAAACCAUUUUUGCAAAAGCUAAAAUCAGUUGAAGGAGAUACCCAACAAGAAACAGAGACACCAUUACAGGAACAAGCUGAAGAACAACCACAACAAACUGUGUCUGUUCCUGUCUCUUCUACUGACACUCUUACCAUGUUUUUUCAGGCAGAGGGAACAAUGAAUGAAGCUGCUAUUCCUACUGUCACCAAGGCUUUAGAGGGAUCUGAGGGCAUUUCAGACUUGAGGGUUCAAGUUGUAGAGGGUAUUGCUAGUGUUCAGUUGACAAAAGGAACUACUGUGCAAGCAACAGGAGUGGCUUCUAGUUUGGUUGAGCUUAUACAAGGUUCGGGUUUCAAGUUGCAGACAUUGAAUUUGAGUUUUGCAGAUGCGGAAGAUGCCGCUCUUGUUUAGAUCAUGCAGUUUUUGUAAUCUGGUUAACCAAGUAACAAUUGUACCUUCUACAUUGCAUCUUCUGUGGCUUCCAUGUAUUCCAAAUGCAUUUACUUGGUAAGAUUUUACAUAUAUAUGUCAACAAAUUCUGAGUUAAA